CGGCGAGGCAGGCAGCGGACCAAACCGUAGUAGUAACAUCGUAGUAAGGUGCAUAGGUGUGCACCGGUGUCGAGUCACAAACGUCCGCGUCGCAUCGCAUCGGUUGCGUCGCAUCGCGGGACCACAGAGAGUGGGACGACACUCUGGCGCAGGGCCAGUAGAGGAUCCACUGAUAUAAAGAUCACUGGUCACACGGCGCAGGAAGCUAUCGUGCAUCGUCGUCCAAGUGCAGUGGGUGCAUCUCGCGACACGUACGGUUCGCAACGGCAUAGUGUGUUAUGGGAGAAGGGAUAUAUGCCGAAGCGAGUCUUCAUCAUUGUUGAGAUCUCUUCCGCGCGUGUACUCGUCGAUACAUGUGCCUAAAGCAGCCAGUUGUCAUUUCGGAGCGCAUCGAAGGAGAUUUCAACCGAGGACGCCGAUAUACGGCAUUGUAGACAAUCAUGAUGCGUCUGAUAUUAUUUCCACGGAGGUUGCCAUUAGUUCUAAUACUGAUAGCAGUAUGCGCGACGAUAACGGAAUCGUCGACGAACAGGGAGAGGAGGCACGUCGGUAUCGAAGAAUCUAGUCAUCGACUGAUCAAGGAACACGUAUCAAACAAUCGGAGCACGAGAUUGUCAAGCAGCACGACGAACAACGAGAUUACCGCGGAACCCGGAAGGAAAGUGUCUCACCGUCUAAUCGGGGGUCACCUAAGAGCCGAUACAAAACGCCAUGACGGCGGCGAGUCAUUAUGGGACGAUGGAAUUCUCAUGUCAGCGGCCGGCAACGGCAAGGAGGGGAAAAGCACUCGCGGCAACGGCGGCGAUGACGAGGACGAGAAAAAAACGCUCUCUCAACAGGUCAAGGAGGGCAAGUACGGCCUCAUACAGAACGAGAUUUACGCCAAUCGGCCGAAACGGCCCGGCAUUAUUAGCUACCUCGGCAAUCCUGAGGUGCCGAAAGACACGAUCGAAAAUCUGGGUGGUCUCGACGAAGAGGAGAUCUGGCUAGCCGAGAAUCACGUACUAGUGCUGAGAGGCGGGAAAUUUCCCGAGCACGAGCAGGACGGUCAACAACAAAGCAGCGACAGUACGCAGCCGAAAUGGCCGCCUAUCGAUGAUUACAAGGCGCCGAAACGGCAGGUCAAGAUACCAGCGCGGCCCAAGGUACCGCCGCCCUUUCCGGUACAGCUCGCGGAUGGGGAACCAAUACAGAUCAUCAGGCCGAACGGCACCGCGGAGGAAAUUAGCAACGGCACCCUCGAUUACAGCACAGAUCCUCUCUACACGCAGGGAUUAUUACCGGGGGAGGGCCCGUUCUUUGCUAUCACCUCAAAUGGCACAAUAUUUACCCCGGACCUCGGUCCCCCGCUAAACUUUUCCGUUGAGGAGAAAUCGAUUAGAGGUAAAAAUGGCCAAGAAAAGGGAAUAAAACCCGAACAACCCCAGCCGCCUGGUGUCCACCCGCCCUUCUAUCACGCCAUACCGCCCGGAGCGGUCUUCGUGGCACCGCCGAGUAAUCAGUCGGAUUACGACGAGGAAGAUCAGUCCAUCUAUUAUCCGCCGCCAUAUAGUUUUUAUUAUCCGCAAGAUAAUACGACAGCUGUACCGCCAGGGCCUCUAGUGCCUGGCAUCAUAUUGCCGCCGCCACCCGAUUUCUUUUCCGCUCUAGAUGACAAAAAGACAACCACGAAGAAGUAUACGAAGCGGCCGACGACUACAACUUCGCCGAGACCAACCUAUUUGCCACCGAGAAAGUUUACGACUAAACAAUAUAAAGCUUCAUCUACACUACCAAGCUCGAUAACCAAGACAACUUCUUCUUCAUCGAUAACUGCAAAGGUGUCUUUCGGUCGUACGAAGAGCAGGAACGCGUCGAGCACUUUUACGCCUAAACAAAGAACCAUAUCAAAUGCAGAUAUCACGACAAGGACUUCUGGAAAACCGCAUACCCUCGAGAACACCGAGAUAUACACUAUUAGUCCCGUAAAUGGAAAUCAAGUAUCUGAAGCGACGACCCAACAGAAAGACUGGUCUACUUUAGUGACUAGCAAGGUGCCGGUUCUCGCGUAUUAUCCUUCAACCACGCAAUCGUCAAUAAAAUUGGAUCGACCGGUGGAGGUGACGCCGGCCUCUAUAAAGAGCAUCAUCACUACUAGUCAACCCGGUCGAUCUCGUAAUCAUGCGUCCUAUUACUUCUACGAGGAAUCGAACGACGAAAAUUCAGCGAAGUCGUCGCCCGUUUAUUACGAGACUACUACCAUGAAAUCCCCGUACUACGACGCGGAGACAUCGCGACCUCAACAGGCUGAGCAAAAGAAGCAUUAUUACGCCGUCGAGACGAUCGCGGCGGAAGAGAUUCCGAAGGAUUACAAGGCGAAACUCAUCGAUAGCAUCGUGAAGAAUUCACACACGUUCCAAUACACUGACAGCUCGGAGGUCACGUCUUCGAAAUUGAACGCCAAUCCGCCGCAGGAUCAGAGCCAACAUAUGUUAGCCGACGAAGCACCUGUAUAUUAUCAGCCCGUACCUGCGCGUCCGCUGCAAACAUACUACACGACUCCGAAGCCUCAAACGUAUCAUCGUCAGAGCACGAAGCCUAAGCCGGUUUAUCAAUACAGUUUUCAGGUGGCGGAUUAUUCGAAACGUGGCGGUAAUCAGAGAUCGCCAUACUAUAGUACAGAGCAACAGAACGUAUACAACGAGUAUCAGGACGUCAAGUCGAGCAAUCAACAAUAUGAUUACGAAGAUAUUGAUUCGCCAUCGCGACAACAGAAACGCAUACCAUAUAAGAUACAGCAUCCGGUCUAUUCCACGAGCACCGCUUAUCCGAUCGUAGACACAACGUCCAAUCCACAACACGCGUAUUUCACGCCGCAGGACGAGAAAUUGUUAGAUGACGUUACGAAAGAAUAUUUCACGAUCUUCGGCAAGAAACUAUCGGGAGCCGAGAUAUCAAGCACGACUCCGAUUUAUGGAAAGUCAAGCAGUGUCACGGAGAAACCCGACCAUAAUGCUUAUGUGUCAAACGUUUAUAAGACUGGUCGACCAGUGACUUACAAAACGCCCAAUGUCAAAGUUCAAUAUGGGGACCAGUCACAGCGACCCUAUUCUCUCAAGGACGACACCCUCGUGAAUUACCGGAGACCUUUGCCGCCAAUCAAUCCGGACAGUGAGUUCAUCGAGAUAAUUGAGCCUAAACGUCCGCCGAAACAGCCGCCGCCGUCAACGAACUACGAGUUGCAAACGGAUAACUACCGAUUGCAAAAUCAGGGAGUUCAACAGCAUGGACCGACCUCUCGUUAUAGAGUGCAAAACACGAUACAACCGACCAAUAGGAAUAGCAACAAUUUCAUGCCCCUCUCCGAGUCCCGAGAGGAGCUGGAAGAUAUUCAGGAGCCCGUGUCGCUGCUAAGCGACAUUGAGGUCAACUACAGAAAUCCGCGUCCGCCUGUAAAUCCCGAUGCUGAAUUCAUCGAUCCCGUUUCACUGCAGGAUAAUCGUUCGGACAAUCCGAACGCGUACUUCGCGUACCAAUUACCAGGCGAUGUCGGCCACUUUUACUUCCUGACACCGCGGGCGAUCACGCAACGGCAGGCUCGGAACGGUGGAUAUGUAUAUCCAAAGCCGAGAGGACCGAGAUUGAGACGGAGACGGCGCCAAGCUAACGUUUGAGCGCGCAUCUCGUCGCGCGUUUUCAACGGCAGUCGUACGAUGCCAUAAUCUCGCGGAUGUCCAGCGCGAUGUUAUCAUCGCACGUGUACUAUUAACAUAUUUAUUGUAUCUGUAAAUACGAAUUGUGACUAAGUUAGAUAAUUAUAGUUACGCUGUUUUACGAGAAA